CUCUCAGUCACUGCCUGCCUGUGACAGCUGUCUAGAGCCUGGCUCUGACUCUCUCCUUGUGUCCUGGGCUCCCUGUCUUUGGAGCAGGGCUGGAGUGUAGAGGGUGUCAGCUCUUCGUGUCAUCUGUCCCUUCCUUCUAAGGCCAGAGUAGGAAGGCAUGCUGCGGGCUGUCACCCUCCUUCUAGCUUUCCUGGCUCCUGCCAUUCAGCUAUCUUCCAACUUGGAAGGGACACAGAUGUCAGUCACCAGACAGGCUGGGUCAUCUGUUGUAAUCACUUGUGAUAUUAAAGAAAGCAGCGACUACGUCCACUGGUACCGAUACCAGAACAGGAUGGCCCCACAACGCCUUCUCUACUACCAGUUCUCCAGCUCAAAUGAUGUGCUGGAUUCGGAGAUCAGUUCACGGAAAUACCAUGCUUAUGAAGGCACAGGGAGAACCUCUAAACUUUUAAUCAAAAUUCUGGAAGAAAGUGAUUCUGGUGUGUAUUACUGUGCUGCCUGGGAGAAUAGCUCAGGCUGGAGCAAGAAAUUUGGAGAAGGGACAAAGCUCACAGUAAUUCCCUCUGAUAGACGCCUUCCGGCAGACAUUUCCCCCAAGCCCACCAUUUUUCUUCCUUCAAUUGCUGAAAUCAAACGCCACAAAGCUGGAACACAUCUGUGUCUUCUUGAGAAUUUUUUCCCAGAUGUUAUCAAGGUAUAUUGGAAAGAAAAGAAUGGCAAUAGAAUUCUGGAAUCCCAGGAGGGAAAAACCAUGAAGACCAGUGACACAUACAUGAAACUCAGCUGGCUGACCGUGACUGAAAAGUCAAUGGAUAAAGAACACAAAUGUAUCGUCCAACACGAGAAAAAUAAAGGAGGGGUUGACCAAGAGAUUCUCUUUCCUUCAGUGAAUCAAGUUGUCGCCUCAAUGACCACCACUAUUGCUCCAACAACGGCUUCUACGACAGAGAAAAGGAUUGCCACCUCAAAGGCCACUACUGUUGGGUCUACAACGGCUUAUACGACAGAGGAGAGCAUUGCCACCUCAAAGGCCACUACUGUUGGUCCCACAACGGCUUAUACGACAGAGGAAAGCAUUGUCACCUCAAUGGCCACUACUGUUGGUUCUACAACGGCUUAUACGACAGAGGAGAGCAUUGUCACUACUACUAAGGCUACAACAGCUCCCCCAACAGAGCACAGUGGUGUCCCUGUUAUUAUUCCCAGAAAAGCUUGUCUGAAAGAUGAAACAUCCCCCCUGCAGCUGCAGCUCAGCAACGUCUCUGCCUAUUACACCUACCUCCUCCUCCUCCUCAAGGGCGCCAUCUACUUUGCCAUCAUUGCCUUCGGUCUGUUCAGGAGAACAGAAGACUGUGACAUGGAAACAGUUUGUAACAGAUGGUGGCAGAAGGAAGUCAACUGGUCUUCAUUUAUUUUCCCUAAAAGGGACCCCUGAGGAUCUAGCGGGGCUUUCUUUCUGGGUUUGGGUUAUUUCAGUUCACAUGUGUACUUUUUGUUAUGUCAUUAUUGUGUAAUGGUUUUUCAAACCACCGGGCAAACAGAAAAUGUUACUCUGUAACAACAAUGAAUUCUGCCAUCACUCAGCGGCAGGGCCAUGGGGUAGUCCUUUAGCACCACUGUCUCCAUGAUCUCCAUCAGCUCCUCUGGCAACCCAAAUAAGCAUGCCUUCCGAGUACAGACAGCACGCGGCUUCUAGUCACAUCCCUUAGGGCCAUUUAACCAGAACCGCCUUGAAGCGUUGCAUUUUACACAUCCUGAACCUGACACUUUUGCUACUUGAAUUCUGAGCUGUGUUUUUUGUAAUAGGCACAAUAAAAAAAUUGAAAGUCUA